CCCAAGAUGAAAAGCCUAUUCCGUUGAACCCCGGUCUGAACCUAUUCACCCGGGGGUUUCGAGCCAAGUUUAUCUGCAUCAGGGCCACGCAUGAAGAACUCUUCUUCCACGACAAUGAACCACCAAGCACGUCAGAGGAACGGCCCAGAUCGAAGGGAACCAGCUAGACACGACGCGGGGACCCAGUUCGAGUUUGUAUUAGAGAAAGACCAGCCGGGUAUUCGCAGUCAUGCCAUGCGACAAUUUUGGAGGCAGAAACAGGCCAUCGCCAAAGAAGACCCAAGCGACGUAACUUCCACCGGCCGCCCUCUUUAUCCACGCACGUUAAUGCCCAACGAUGGCAUCCAAACCGACGGCCAGUUUGAGGGCCUGAAGGAAUUCCGGCAACAGAUGUCAGCUCUCCAACCAAAGGAUCACAGAGCAGGAUCAGCGAAUUCGCGCAAAGAUAAUGCGGAGACUUCAGGUAUCCCAGCCCAAAUCUUAUCUGGAAUUCGUCAUGCUCUAGAAUUUGUUAAUGGCGACCCGUUUCCUACUUUUCCGGUGACAUUGACGGCGCAACACCGCAAGUUGUUGUACCACUGGCUCAGUACGCAUACUAGUGGGAUAUCGACCGCCUCUCCUUAUGUAGCCUUCGAUCCCAUCAGAGAGGUUUGGCUACCAUUGGACUUGUCAAACAGCGCCUCGUUCAACGCAACCAUGGCGCAUGCUGCAGCCCAUUUGGCUUACCUUCACGGUGAGCUCGUCUCGCCCGAAGCUCUCCGAUAUAAAACCGAAGCCAUCAGUGUCAUCACAAAAUGGCUGGAUGAUCCUGAGCAAGCGCUUAGAAACGAGACCCUCGUUUCUGUAGUACGGCUUUUGAUGUUUGAGGUACGUGCCCGGGCCGAGUAUGGUGACUAUUACAUCUUAUAUGAUUCAAGGCGUAAGGGAUCAUUUGCUUUGUGAUUCUGUUGACCGUUCCCGCCAUGUGCAGAAAUACUGGGGAAUAGAUGGCCAGUGGGAAGUCCAUCGAGAUGGACUACAACGGCUGAUCAACGCAAAAGGCGGUCUUUCUGCAUUGCAAGGGGACUGGCGUGUGGAGCUCGUCGUGUUUUUUGCCUUGUUUAUUGCAGAUUCAUCACGCUGUGAGCCUUCCACACACGCAUGGGAGCUGUCAGAGCACUUCACCCCGACUGCCCUUCACCCAACCCUACAAUUAACGGUUGACCGGCACCGAUCACAGGUGGUAGAGAGCCUCCAGAUAUAUCCAGCUGUAUAUGAGGCGACCAUCCUGCUUUACAAUUCUUUUCACCAGGCUCCCGAGCCUGAGCUACUCGCGGAACCUUCGGGCGUGUUUAGGCAUCGGUUGAAGUGCCUGGUGUUCCUCGGUGUCAUUUUCCAGGAAUCAAUUUACUCCUCCAUAUCAGCAUUCGGCGGGGGUGUCAGCCUAGACCAUUCUUUCACCAACCAGUUAGCCGCGUUAGAUGAGUCACUAUCAAAGCACCACCAUCGGUGGGAAGGCAAAG